AUGUACGUGGGCUAUGUGCCGGACAAGGACGCGCCCGCGUACCCCGGCCCCGCCGGCCUCGGCCUCGGCCCGCAGGCCUACGGGCCCCCCGCGCCCCCGCAGUACCCCGACUUCGCCGGCUACGCCCCCGCGGAGCCGCCCCCCGCGCCCCCUGCGGCCUGGGCCGCGCCCUUCCCCGCGCCCAAGGACGACUGGACGGCCGCCUACGGCCCCGGGCCCGCGGCCCCCGCGGCCUUCGGGCCCGCUCCGGACUUCGGCCCCGUGCCCGCGCCCCCGGGGCCCGGCCCGGGCCUCCUGCCGCAGCCCCUGGGCGCCCCGGGCGCGCCGUCCUCCCCCAGGCCGCCGAGGCGGACGCCCUACGAGUGGAUGCGACGCGGCGCGGCGGCCGGAGGCGGCGGCGGCAGCGGUAAGACGCGGACCAAGGACAAGUACCGCGUGGUCUACACCGACCACCAGCGCCUGGAGCUGGAGAAGGAGUUCCACUACAGCCGCUACAUCACCAUCCGGAGGAAGUCGGAGCUGGCGGCCACGCUGGGGCUCACGGAGCGGCAGGUCAAGAUCUGGUUCCAGAACCGGCGGGCCAAGGAGCGCAAAGUGAAUAAGAAGAAGCAGCCGCCGCCCCCGCCCCAGCAGCUGCCCCCAGUCCUGGACGGCGCCCCCGCUCCGGCGGGGCCCCCCCUGGGAAGCCUGUGCCCCAGCAACGCUGGCCUCCUGGGGGUCUCGUCCCCCGUGUCUGUCAAGGAAGAAUUUCUGCCAUAG